UGUUUAUCUGAUUGCCAUUUGCGGACGCGUCGCGCAUGCUAGUGAUGGGCAGUCCGGCUCUUUCCAUUGAUUCGGCUCUUUCGGCUCAAGCGCUGGCUCUACAUUUUAGUGAUGGCAGUCCGGCUCUUUUCAUAGAUUCGGCUCUUCUGGCUCGGCUCCCUUAGAAGAGCCGGCUCCCCUGCAUGCGUCUGAAGAUUAGGCUCUGCUCGUUCGCUACAAAGAAUCAGCUCUUAGAGCCGCUCGUUCGCGAACGACCCAUCACUAGCGCAUGCGCACAAAGACACAAAAAGGUCUUCGAGCAGACAGCACACGUCUAGAAAAGAGUGAGAAAAUCUGCAUUUGGUGGUCAUUAGCGGAAAGUUAAUAGCGGAUACGAAAACACUUCAUCUGUGACAACAUCACAAGAAACGGGAAAGAAGGCUAAAUGGAAUCAGACAUGAGAUAUGCAGUAAUUAAGUUCCCCCAAGACAAUACAGUUGAUGUUGUUCCUUCCAACUGGCUUGAAACAACAAAUGAGGGUAUAUAUUGCUAUUGGCCUCGAAAAAACUUUACAGCCAAAGUUAAGCGCAGAGACGUUCCAGAUCCUGCCAUGUGGUCAAAACACUUGGCAUCUGUUCUGGUUUAUGCAGAAAACUAUGAGGAAGCCAGACUCAAGUCAAACCAGGCAACCGUUACUUCAAACCUGGAGAGUGAUGAAGAACCUUCCCGAAGACCAGUACGGCGGCCAGCCAGAUACAGAAGACCACUGGAGGAUAGUGAUGAAGAGGACAUGCCAGCACCAAAGAUGUCACGCACUGUAAAUACAACCAGAUGUCAUGAGGAAGAUCAACCAUCAUCAAAAAGACCCAUUAACAAAGACAACAUAAUGAGCACACCAACGUUCACCCCAAGGAGAGAAUUUUUUGGUGAACGAAUGUCAAAGAAAAGCAUUCCUGAAACGUUACCAAGAAACACAUUUUCCGAACCUUGUUCUUCAGGGCUUUUAAUUCGUCAAGAACCUGAGUCUGACAGGGAACUUCUAUUCGAAGCUGAUGUGUCCCAAGAUGUUCCUUCAUCAGCUGGGCAAACCAAUUUGUGCAGUACUGAAUUGAAGAAGCUGGAGCGAGCCAUGUUUGUUAGGCUGGACAAACUGGAGCAAAAGAUGUCAGCCAUUGAAACUCUUUUAAGAACUGUUGUCCAAACAAGCGACACUUCUUGUGAGUUUCUGGUGAAUCCUUGCCAGAGCUCUCAAGAAUUGGAUGAUUUGUGUCUGAAGCUGCAAGACAAUGACUUCCGAAAAAAAACUGUCCAUUACUUAAGCCUCCUCGGAGGCAAAACACCUGGCGAUGCCAUCCGCAGGGUCUUGCGUACAAUUGGAACUAAUAGUCUAUGGUCAAAAUACAGCAUGAGAGGAAGGAAGGGGAAAAAAAAAUUUGGAGAGCUGAACAUUUGCAGCGUGAUCAUUCAAGCCUGCCAAAAGAUCCACCCAAAAGUGCCAGCUAAGGUGUUAGAGGACUGCAUUGCAGACACUUUAAAAUAUGCUCCCCAUCGUGAGUCAAGGAUGGAGCAUGAACAGCAGACGGACUAGUUUUCAGCACCCACACAGACAUCCACAUUUAUUUAAGUUCUUACUGAUUGUAUGUUUUAAUUAAAGUACUUACAUUUCCUGUCAAAUUAUAAUUAUUUUUCAUUAGUGUUAACCUACAUUUUAAACUUUGUUACAUUUUAUAUAAUUUUAUCUGUUAAUGAGUUAAGUUGUACAUGUUGUUAUGUUGUACCGGAAUGUUAUUAUUUAAUAAAAAAAAGAUGUUGAAAGAGAA